AUGCGCAUCUUCAUCACCCUCCUCGCCCUCCUCUACCUCCUCCUCCCCGUCUCUGCAGUCGCCUGGACAUGCCUCCGAGUUGUCGGCAAGCUGGCCGGCCGUCCCGGCGACCUGUACAAUAAAUUCCAGACCGAGAUUUGCGAGCGCGGGUGCCAGCCGACAGUGCCGCACUGGGACUUGUGGACGCGCAAUAACUCGUUCGUUCCCGCGGUGCGCGCCCUUAUGAGUCGCAUGAACGUCCCACACCAGGAAGAAGCUCUGCUGAAGAUGGGCGACGACGUUGCGGUCAUCAUCAAGGAGCGAUGCGGACCCGAGCUACAUGGACGCCACAUCUGCUCCGACCCGGAUACCUUGGCGGACUUUGGCAACUGCUUCAAGAGCAACUUCGUCAAGGCAGCGAUCAAACACAUUCCGAUCCUUUUGCCCAUGGCUUCCGAGGAGUUGUGCAAGGAACAGUACAGCUAUCUCGAGGGCGACGAUUUGUGGGAGCGCAUCAUCCCCAAUAACAUGCGCGACUAUGCCAGCGUAUGCGACCAACUGGGGAAGCCGGAGGCGGAGAGCCACGAUGAAUUGUGA